ACCGGGGAGCCGUGUGGGGGGGGCCGGGCGGGCUGCGGGGUGCGAGCCCCGGGGGCUCUGCCCUCCCCGGGGGCUCGUCCCUUUUUGGGGGGCCUGUCCCUGCCUGGGGGCUUGUGCCAGUCCGGGGGGUUGUCCCUUUUGGGGGGACUUGUCCCUCCCCGGGGCCGGCAGCCCCUCCGCUCGCCCCCGGUGCCCCCUUGGCGGUGUCAGCUCGGGGGGGGGCCGGGCUGCGCUCUCGAUGGGAUAAGCUGUAAACAUGUUCAGCUUUGAAGGGGAUUUCAAAACAAGGCCCAAGGUGUCCCUCGGAGGAGCGAGUAGGAAGGAGGAAAAGGCUUCUCUUCUGCAUCGCACUCAGGAAGAAAGGCGAAAAAGAGAGGAAGAAAGGCGGAGGCUGAAAAAUGCAAUAAUAAUCCAGUCAUUUAUAAGGGGGUACAGAGACAGAAAACAUCAAUACUCUAUCCAAAGAAGUGAAUUUGAUCGCUGUGCUAACUUGGCCCAGUCUGGAGGAACCUUUUCCACCGCUAAUGGAGGUGAUUUGACCCUUUUAGUUCGUCAGCUACUCUUUUUCUAUAGACAGAAUGAGGACUCUAAGCGUCUGAUAUGGAUGUGUCAGAAUUUAAUUAAACAGAGUUCUCAGUUUGUUAAGCAGUUGGAUAGUCCAGACAGACUUACAUGCUUAUUCCAAAUAAAAAGACUGUUGGGGCUGUGUUGCAGGCUAUUGCAAAAUUGCAAUGAUGACAGUCUGAAUGUUGCACUUCCUAUGAGAAUGCUUGAGGUAUUUUCAUCUGAGAAUACGUAUUUGCCUGCUUUACAAGAUGUCAGCUAUGUGACAUCAUUAAUUGAACAAAUUUUGCACUACAUGAUUCAAAAAGGCUACUACAGGUCGCUUUAUUUGUUAAUUAACAAUAAGCUUCCAUCGAGUAUUGAGUAUUCGGAUGUUUCUCGAGUCCCUAUUGCAAAAAUACUUCUGGAGAAUGUUCUGAAACCAUUGCACUUUACAUAUAGCUCCUGUCCGGAAGGUGCAAGGCAACAGAUUUUUGCAGCCUUCACAGAGGAGUUUGUGGCAGCACCUUUUACAGAUCAGAUAUUCCACUUCAUCAUUCCAGCGCUUGCUGAUGUGCAGACCGUUUUCCCUUAUGAACUCUUUCUGAAUGCACUAUUAUUAGCAGAAAACGGAUGCUUGAGAAACAGUGAUCGAGCCCCAUGGCUUUUUUACUUUGUGUUAACUGUCGGAGAAACGUAUUUGGGAUCCCUUUCAGAGGAAGGACUACUUGUAUAUUUGAGGGUACUCCAGACUUUUCUCUCUCAGCUGCCUGUGUCUAGUGCUGGUACAAAUUGCCAGGACGCAACCAGUGAUUCUGAAGAUGAGGAUGAAGAGAUCAGUAAAAUGACAACUACACCAGGUGAUGGGAGAAUAUCAAUUCAGUACAUAACUGAGGAGUGUCUAAAGAAAUUGGACACAAAGCAGCAGACAAACACCCUGUUGAAUAUGGUUUGGAGAGAUUCAGCUAGUGAAGAGGUCUUUACCUUGAUGGCAUCAAUCUGCCAUACACUAAUGGUACAACACCGAAUGAUGGUGCCAAAAGUCAGGCUUCUUUAUAGUUUAGCCUUUAAUGCCAGAUUCCUGAGGCAUCUUUGGUAUUUGAUAUCUUCAAUGACUACGCGAAUGAUUACAGGGUCUAUGGUGCCACUCCUUCAAGUGAUUUCAAGAGGCUCUCCAAUGUCUUUAGAAGACUCUAGUCGAAUUAUCCCUCUCUUCUACCUUUUUAGUUCUUUAUUUAGUCAUUCACUUAUUUCUAUUCACGAUAACGAAUUCUUUGGUGAUCCUAUAGAAGUUGUAGGUCAAAGACAAUCAUCAAUGAUGCCUUUUACACUAGAAGAGCUUGUAAUACUGUCACGCUGCCUUCGAGAUGCGUGCUUAGGAAUCAUAAAGUUGGCUUAUCCAGAAACAAAACCAGAAGUUCGUGAGGAAUAUAUUGCAGCAUUUAGAAGUGUUGGAGUAACAAAAAAUACAGAAAUGCAGCAAUGUAUACAGACAGAACAAAAAAGGUGGAUUCAGUUAUUCAAGGUCAUUACAAACUUGGUGAAAAUGUUGAAAGCUAGAGAUACAAGGCGAAAUUUCUGUCCACCAAAUCACUGGCUCUCAGAGCAAGAAAACAUUAAAGCAGAUAAGGUUACACAGCUCUAUGUGCCAUCUGCUAGGCAUGUAUGGAGAGUCAGAAGAAUGGGAAGAAUAGGACCAUUGCAAUCUACUUUGGAUGUGGGUUUGGAACCAGCACCUCUCUCCGUAUCUGAAGAACGACAACUUGCAAUUCUGACAGAGCUACCUUUUGUAGUUCCUUUUGAAGAAAGAGUAAAGAUUUUUCAAAGACUGAUCUAUGCUGACAAACAAGAGGUUCAAGGAGAUGGGCCAUUUUUGGAUGGAAUUAAUGUCACCAUCAGGAGAAAUUAUAUUUAUGAAGAUGCUUAUGAUAAACUUUCUCCUGAAAAUGAACCUGACCUAAAAAAGCGCAUUCGUGUUCACUUGCUUAAUGCACAUGGUCUUGAUGAAGCUGGUAUUGAUGGUGGUGGAAUUUUCAGAGAAUUUUUGAAUGAACUACUUAAAUCGGGAUUUAACCCUAACCAGGGAUUUUUUAAAACCACCAAUGAGGGACUUCUUUAUCCCAACCCUGCUGCACAGAUGCUUGUUGGAGACUCUUACGCCCGACAUUACUACUUUCUUGGAAGAAUGCUUGGAAAGGCUCUUUAUGAAAAUAUGCUGGUGGAACUGCCGUUUGCUAGUUUUUUCCUCUCAAAAUUACUGGGGACAAGUGCUGAUGUUGACAUUCAUCAUUUAGCUUCAUUAGAUCCAGAAAUGUACAAGAACUUGCUUUUUCUCAAGAGCUAUGAAGGGGAUGUGGAAGAACUUGGCUUAAAUUUCACUGUGGUAAACAAUGAUCUCGGGGAAGCGCAGGUGGUUGAGCUGAAGCCGGGUGGAAAAGAUAUUCCUGUUACCAGCGCUAACCGAAUAGCGUACAUCCACCUGGUGGCAGACUACAGACUGAACAAACAAAUCCGACAGCAUUGCCUCGCUUUCCGUCAGGGACUGGCCAACGUUGUGAAUCUUGAAUGGCUUCGAAUGUUUGAUCAACAGGAAAUACAGGUUUUGAUUUCUGGUGCCCAGGUUCCUAUUAGUUUGGAUGACCUUAAAUCUUUCACAAACUAUUCAGGUGGAUACACAGCAGACCAUCCUGUAAUUAAAAUAUUUUGGAGAGUUGUAGAAAGCUUCACUGACGAAGAGAAACGCAAGCUACUUAAGUUUGUAACGAGCUGCUCUCGGCCACCUCUGCUGGGGUUUAAGGAGUUAUAUCCUGCGUUUUGCAUUCACAAUGGAGGAUCUGAUCUGGAUCGGCUACCGACUGCCAGUACCUGCAUGAACUUGCUGAAGCUUCCUGAGUUUUACGAUGAAAAUCUUAUGCGAAGCAAGCUCCUCUAUGCCAUUGAAUGUGCUGCUGGAUUUGAACUAAGCUGAGUCAAAGUGAUGCUUACGUGGAUGAUCUGCAGAGGAACGCACCAGUGCCUACUCGAUAAGCAGCACCCGUACCCAAGCAGUUUUAAGAGAAUUCUGUCUGAAUUUCUGCAGCUCUUAUGUCUUAUCAAAUGCCCUCAAAUAGGUUUCAUUUUUAAACACAAUUUCUUAGUUAGCUUUCAUUAAUAUUACGUUGACACUGCUUUAUGAUUCAAAGUACUGAAUGCUGUUUGCAGUGUGGUUGUUCUCUGUGUGUAUGCGAAGGAGCACGUUUUAAAAACAGUGACAUCUCAGUGAAAUUAACCAAAGAUGAAGCUUUGGCUUUGUGCUGUUCAAGUAUAAAUAAUUUCCCAAACUGGCAAUAAAGUUGUGUACCGUGCAGCACAUUGGGAUGAAACAGGGCUAACAUCCUGUAAUUAAUCUUUUAGAUGAAAGCAAAGCAGAUGUUUGCAGAUAUCCCACAACUGAGAGGAUAAAAAUGCUCAUUACUGGUACCCUAACAUCUUUACUUACGUUGUAGAAUUGUUUACAAACCAUAGUUGUUGCAAUUAAGAUAUGACUGAUUUUGUUCUAUACUACCUUCCCUGAAGAUGGUAGGCACUGAGAUAAACGCUUAGGAUAUUUUUUGUGCUUUCUGGAGAAAUCAGAUGCACACGCUUAUUUUAUUUUAAGUUCAACCUUUGGCUGCAUCAUUAUCACUUGAACACUGUCAUAAAUGGGUAUGACUAUCCAUGUUUUGUCAGCUCCAUUUUUGUCUUUUGUGCCUGUACAGAUUUUUUUUAAUGUAUCGGACUCCUGUUGCAUAGAUAGCACAUGCAAAAGUCAUCACUUUGGAACAUGUAACAACGAUUAAAAUGAUUUGAACCAAAGUUAUCAGGCUUUAUCUUUUAUAUUUGAAGCCUGUGGUAUUCACAUUCCUUUUCCCUAUCAUUUCUUUCCAUCCUAAAUGCCAUACCUGUGUUGUAGACACUAGUCAAAGUCAUUAUUUUUUGUGAUUAAACAGCUUUUAUAUCCACCUGCCUGCAGAAUUUCUGCUAAGACAAGUAGGUGGGAAUAUGCUGCUUAAUGGAACUGGAUGAUUGGGUAUCUGGGGAAAAAAGUGGUUUCAUAUGGAAGGCAAUGAAGUGGUAGGCACAUCGCUGGGUAUUCAUGUGCAGACUGCGGUCAAUUCAAAAAUGGAAUUACAGUUCAAGCUAAAAGGUUCAUAACGGCAUCCCUCUGAACUUUAGUUUUAUAUUUUGAAUCAUCAACAUAUACAAUCAGAUUUGUAUUCAUCACUUAUGCAAAAAAGAAAAAAGUGCUGUUACUGAAAGCUGUUGGAUUUCAUAUUUAAGAAGCAGUAACCAGCAAUAUCCUUUAAAUGUGGGGAAACGGAGUGAUUUUAAGAUGUUUACUAGUAACCAUAUAAAUGUAUAAUUUCUUAAUUUGGGUAAUAAAUGAAGUGUUAAAAUGCUAUUUGUAGUCUUGAUGUACAGAAAUAAAAUGAUUGGUUUUCUUUUUGGUUUUGCUUUAGGCUUUUUAUUUAUGUUAAAUAUUACAUACCCAACCUAUUCUUUAUCCCCAAAUUCUUUUCUUGUAUAUUUUUCUACAUAAAUUAUGGAACUUGUAAAGAAGUUGAAAAUGAGACCAGUAAUAGUGGAACUGCCUCCUCUUAAUUAGGAAACCUGGACACUUCUCUUAGAAAGCAUUAUUUAUUUUAUAACCUAAUGGUUUAAAUAUUUUGAAAUUAUUUUUCAAUUUCAUUCUUUGAUAUAUUGGUAGUGUUGUAUUUGUAUUUUGUAUAAUUAAAAUUUAUUAAAUACUCAUAUUCAGAGAUUGUUCUGGGGUCACGCCACGUAAACAUGACUGGUAACGUAUGCUUUCUGCUUUUGUAAAAGGAGACAGUGCACACUAUUCCUGUCUGUUCCUGUGAAUACAAGCUCCAGAGAGAGGGCAGGCUGGAGGAAGAAUGGUUUGCAGGUAGGAGUAGUCAUCUAAUUCAAGAAUCGCGCACAGAGUGGUAGAAAACUUCAUUAGAGAAUUUGAGUUUGUUGAAAAUAUUCUUUAUUUCUUCAGUAACUAGUACUCAUUGAUCUUGUUUUGUAUAUUCUGUACAUUAAGUACAAAAUUCUGAUGCAGGUCAGUGGAACUGUAGCCUGUAGAUUUCAUUCUGCGUUUAGUCAGUUGAAAAUCUGUGCUGCAACAACUUACAUUACUUUUAGUAUUCAGAUUGCAACAUGAAGAGGGUAGGACUUUCCUUUGGCAGCAAGUGUCUUCAGUUCUGCCUGUCAGGUGUUUUUGCGUUGUCAUGAUGAAGCACGGGUCCCUGCUUUCCAAUGCUGGGUAUUUUAAGGAGCAAGAAACUGAAGUAUGAGAAAUAACAAGUGUAGAUGGUUGUGCCCUGAGGAGCUAAGUGGUCUAAAUGAUCUCUCUCAGCUCUAACAUAGCAAGAAUUGUUUAUAUAUGGAAACUGAUUUUCUGUUUUUUAAAAACAAGAGCAAACUCCUUCCCAGUUGUGAUGCUCAUAGAGUUUAGGUGGGCAGAGACAGGAAGCACACUGUGUGCAACUAACCUGAAACAUUACCAUUGUUUUUGAUCAUCGGAAUUAUGGCAGUACUCAGUAUGGUCUUGGAGUUAUUUUCUGUGCAAGACAACCCUUCCUUAUGGGCAAUUUCUAUACUUCACUGCUUUGUCCUCCUAGAUCAGUAUUUGUUUUUUGAAAAAAGGCGGCAUCUCUGUUCGUUUUUUCAAAGAAAAGGAAAUUUGCAAACUUUUACGAACUUGUUGUUGUCAAGCUUUAUCUUUACAAUAGAAGAGUACAGGUUCUUUGUCUCUCUACAGUUAAAAGGCAUAGAAGAGGAAUAAAAGAAUGGAAUAAAAGAACAAGUUUAGUAUUUGCUUGGUUCAUCUCAUCAAGAAUUUUUCUGGAUGCACAUUUAGUCCUGCUAGCUGGAUAUUAAAAACAAAACAAAAACAAAUAAUUUGCCUUGUUAGUUAAUCUCAUUUUCCAUUGUGGUCCUAGGAGCCAUGCCUGUAUAAAUUUCACAAAGCUUGCUUUUUAUUUCUAGGGAGAACUUAACAACAAAAGAGGAGAGAUUUGUCUCCAGCUUCCUGAGUGAACACUGAGCUGGGAAAAGGUUGAUUUGAACAACAAUAUCUUCAGUUAAUUUUUAUGUGGGGUGCUCCAUAAUUAAAAAUGUGUUUCCUGAUGCUAUUAGUAGUAGUGCGGACAGAGGUUUUUGGCAUCACUUGAGUAAUCUAGCAGAAACAUCCUACUUUGAUCUACAAAGGGGCUUGGAAUUCAAUAA